GCUGCGCACGGCCGGAGAGGCUAUGGGCCGCCGCUGGGGCUUCCUGAUCGGGCUCCUGGGGGCCGCGUAUGUGCUUGGUUCCGGCCGCAGUGGACCGCAGCCCUCGGAGACGGCGGCGCAGAGGUGCUUCUGCCAGGUUAGUGGUUACUUGGAUGACUGUACCUGUGAUGUUGAAACCAUUGAUAGAUUUAAUAACUACAAGCUUUUCCCAAGACUACAAAAACUUCUUGAAAGCGACUACUUUAGAUAUUAUAAGGUCAACCUGAAGAGGCCGUGUCCUUUCUGGAAUGAUAUUAGCCUGUGUGGAAGGAGGGAUUGUGCUGUCAAGCCUUGCCACUCAGAUGAAGUCCCUGAUGGAAUUAAAUCUGCAAGCUAUAAGUAUUCUGAAGAAGCCAAUAAUCUCAUCGAAGAAUGCGAGCAAGCCGAACGACUUGGAGCUGUGGAUGAAUCUCUGAGUGAGGAAACUCAGAAAGCUGUUCUACAGUGGACCAAGCAUGAUGAUUCCUCUGACAACUUCUGUGAAGCUGAUGACAUACAGUCUCCUGAUGCUGAAUAUGUUGAUUUACUCCUUAAUCCUGAGCGCUACACUGGUUAUAAGGGACCGGAUGCUUGGAAGAUAUGGAAUGUUAUUUAUGAAGAAAACUGUUUUAAGCCACAGACAAUUAAAAGACCUUUAAAUCCUUUGGCUUCUGGUCAAGGGAAAAGUGAAGAGAACACUUUUUACAGUUGGCUUGAAGGCCUCUGUGUAGAGAAAAGAGCUUUCUACAGACUUAUAUCUGGCCUACAUGCAAGCAUUAAUGUGCAUUUGAGUGCACGGUAUCUUCUACAAGAAACCUGGUUGGAAAAAAAAUGGGGACACAACAUUACAGAAUUUCAGCAGCGGUUUGAUGGAAUUUUGACUGAAGGAGAAGGUCCAAGAAGGCUUAAGAACUUGUACUUCCUCUACUUAAUAGAAUUGAAGGCUCUGUCAAAAGUGCUACCAUUCUUUGAGCGUCCAGACUUUCAGCUCUUUACCGGAAAUAAAGCUCAGGAUACAGAAAACAAAAUGUUACUUUUGGACAUACUUCAUGAAAUCAAGUCAUUUCCUUUGCAUUUUGAUGAGAAUUCUUUUUUUGCUGGGGAUAAAAAAGAAGCAAGCAAACUAAAGGAGGAAUUUCGAUUGCAUUUUAGAAAUAUUUCAAGAAUCAUGGAUUGUGUUGGUUGUUUUAAAUGUCGACUAUGGGGGAAACUUCAGACUCAAGGUUUGGGAACAGCUCUGAAGAUCUUGUUUUCUGAGAAAUUGAUAGCAAAUAUGCCAGAAAGUGGGCCCAGUUAUGAAUUCCAUCUCACCAGACAAGAAAUAGUAUCAUUAUUUAAUGCAUUUGGCAGAAUUUCUACAAGUGUGAAAGAAUUAGAAAACUUCAGGAACUUGUUACAAAAUAUUCAUUAAAGAAAACAAGUUCAAAUGUGCCUGUUUUUGGACAAUGGAGGCCAAAGAGUGGAAUUUCAUUCAAAGGCAUAAAGCAAUGACAGUCUUAAGCCAAACAUUUUAUAUAAAGCUGCUUUUGUAAAAGGAGAAUUAUAUUGUUUUAAGGAAACAAUUUUUUAAUUGUGUGGUCUAUGUAUAAUAUUGUGAGUAAAAGUAAUAUUUGAUAAUGUGGUACAAAUUGAAUAAAAUCAGGAUUAUUAAAUUCAUAAAUAGUAAAACUAAGUAAAUGAGGUAUUAAUUCUCUCAAACUAGAAUUUUGUGUAAGAUGCUAUGUAAAUAAUACUGGCCAAUGUGACAACCAUUUAAUAGGAAAAUGCUAAGAAGCCUUAUGAAUGGCCCAUAAUUAACAACCUAAAAUUUUUUAGUAUAUUUAAGGUUACCAGAUUUAGUGAAUGAAGAUAUAGAAUGUCCUAUAAAAUUUGAAUUUCAGAUGAACAACAAAUGGUUUUUAAUACAAGUAUGUUACAUGCAAUAUUUGGGACAUACACUGAAAAAAAUUUCCUUAUUUAAAAUAAUUCAGAUUUAACUGGGAGUCCUUGUUUCAUCUGGUAACCCCAAAUACACUGGUAUGAAACAAAUCAUUUGUAGAAUUAAACUGAUAUUUUCACUGGGUUGUUUUGGUGUAUAGAAAGAUGCAGUGACAACUCAAAGGCAGAUGGGGUUUGUGAACAUUGUGAAAAGUUGAAUAGAUUUAUAUAUUUAUUCUCAUAAUACUUUCCCUAAUAUUGAAUGAAAUUUUGGCAAAGUGUUUUAUUUUUAUAUAAUUUCAAAUUUACAACAAAGUUUCCAGGAUAUAACCAAGAACUCUUUUACUCAGAUUCAACAAUUGUUUGUAUUGCUUUUUUCUUUUAUGUUCUCUCCUUCAAUCUUUUGAAAAUCAGUUACAUCAUGCCCUUUGAAACCUAAGUACUUUGUGUAUAAUAAUAAAGUUUUUUUAAUGAUUUUUUUAAGGAAAAAAAAUCUGAUACUAUAAUACACCUUUGAAUAAGGAAUCAUUUCAAGUUCCAAUCUAAAGUUCUUGAGUUUUAUUACCCUUUUUAUGCUUGAUCUAUAUAGUCAUAGGGUGUGUAAUUUUUGUUUUUGUGUCUGAAGUUUAUUUCCUUUUUCAGUUUGGGAGGUUUUCAGUGAAAGCACUUCAAUGAUACUAAAAUUUGGAGGGGGUUAGAAAUUUAUGUUGUAUGGUAAUUUUAGGGGAAAAAGAAACUGUAUACCUCAAAAAUCAUGUGCCCUUAUGUCUUAGCAGGUAUACCAUGUUGAGAAUUAACAUUAUUGAUAAAGUGGGGUUUAUUUAUAUAAUGUUUUAGAAAUAUCACUUUACAAUGUUGUAAACUUUUUCUUCUCUAAGUCCCUAAGGCCUAGUAUAGUGCCAAAGGCAUAGUGGGUAUAAAAUAAAUAUUUUUUGAAUGAAUGUAUGACAAUGUAUUCAGUAUAUUUUAAAUGAAUAACCACAGAACCAAGUUUAACAAUAUUUGUUGUAUUUUCUUUUCCCUCUUCAUUUUCUCUGAGUAGGAGAGAAGACAUUAACCUACUAAUUAAGUCAAUGUUCUUGGAGACUCAAGGACUAUUAAGUGAGCACCAUAUAUAAAAGCUUAAGGACAUUUAUAGCACUCUGAAAAAUGUGGUAGAGGGGUUUAAAUGGUAAUUUUGUCUGUAUAUCCCUCUAAUUCUCAUCCCUCUGUUCCUUUUUUUUUUAACAGCCUAUCUUUUGAAACAAUAUUCCAAUCUUCGCUUUGUCACCUCCCACUUGCUCCUUAACUAAAAUCUGGCUUUCAGCUCUAUAGUUCUCAACAAUUUCGUCUUUUGACUAAAACACCCCAAUUCUAAAUCCACAAUUCAGUUCAUAAGUCAUUUUCUGUUUGACUUUUUUUUCCUGCAUUUGGCACUCAUCACAAGUCUUGUAUAAAAUCAUUUUUUCCUCCUGGGUUCCUUCUGUUUUAUUUGUUCCCGGACACUUCCUUUUUUUUUUUUUUUUUUAGCUUCCUUAAAUGUUAUUCCUGAGGCUUCCCUUGUUCUUUUAACCACCACCACUUCUCACUUUUAGGUAAUUCCAGUUCAGUUAUUUCUAAAUCAUCAUCUUUAGCCCAGACUUCUCAAUACAGCUGUGUGUCUUAAAAAAAAUCAUUCUCCUCAAAGUCUACUUUUAUGCUUUUGUUCCUUACUUUGGUUAAUUUCAGAACCAUCUUUAAAAUUUUCUAGAAUCAUUCCUCUCCUUUACCUUCCUCCUAUCCAGUUAGUGUCUAAGUGCUAUGGAUUUUCUCUCUUUAUCUCUGAUACAUCACUCUUUCUGUUACUAUUGCUGUUCCCUAAAGUACUACACUUAGACCUGUUUCUUCAUACCUGGCUCUCUCCCCUCAAUGCUAUCCAAGUUGGCUUUCAAAAAGCACUCCCUGUUAAAUACCAUCAGUGACUUCAUGAACCUUCGGGAGAAAGUCAGAUCCCUUUGGUGUACAAGGUCCUCAAUUGUGUCUACCACCCCACCCCACCCCCAUGUUCUGAUAAAACAGACUUACAGUCCUUCUGAUACACCAGUCAGGCCACUACACCUUGGUGCGUGCUGUUCUUUUGCAUCAAGUGCCCUGGCCACCCUUCCCCAGAAAUGUCUCUGUAUCAUUGCAGGCCCAGCUUAAAGAAUCACCUCUAUAAAAUCUCCCUUGCUCAUCCAAGGAAGGUCAUCUAACUCCUUUUGUGUCACCACUGUAAUUACAACCUACCUCUAUUGUGUCUCACUUAUUGUACUGUAUUUUUGCUUUUUAAAGCCUCCUUUACUAGAAUGUGAGCUCCUUAAGGGCAGGAAAAAAAACUAUCCAUUUUUGCAUCUCUAAGUUUUUGGCAUAUGAACACAUAAUAAAUGCUUGUUGAAAAAACUGCUUUUAAAGUGACAAUUUCAU